CCAGAUUGCAUGGGAGGCUGCCAGGGCUGGCCCCAUGACUGAGUCAGGGCUGGGCUACUUGAUUAACUGUCGCCAUUACUCUAAGCCCAUGCCCCAUGUGAUGGCUGCACUUCACUGGUUUCAGGGUGGUGCCCUCCAGCCCUCACCUGUCAACCCCUAGCUGCUUCCAUGUGGACACCACAGUGGGACAUCCCACCCAGGGCCCAGCACCCACAUGAGUAGCACGGUGCAGUGCAACUUCCCAAACCCACAUCCACGGGUGUCAUGGCUUGAGUUCAGCUGCGGCUUCAGAGGGUGUGGGCGGUGGCAAAGUGCUGGCCACCCUGGGGACACUGUGCCCAUGUCACACUGCUGCCUGCAUCCCUACCACCUGUGCCCAUUGUCCCCCCUUGUAGAACUGGAGAAUGGGUGCCAGGACAGGGGUGCCUGCUCCUCGCCAAGAAACGAGCCGUUCACCCUCAUUGGCCAUAACCACAAUAACCACAUCCUGAUCCAAACAGGCAAAGAACAAAAACAGCUGUGAAAGCCGUCAUGCUUCCUUAAAGGCUGCUUUUAUUGCUGUGACCUACUGGCAUUGCUCGUUAAGCUUAUACAAUGAGCUGCCUACAAGCUUUCUUUCCAAGGCUGGGAAAUUUGGUGUUACUGUAUUGCUGGUUGACUCCACUAUUUUCUUUUCUUCUUACUUUUCAAGCACAUCAGUUAAAAUUGUAUCUUAAAGAGUCAGCUUUUGGAAAGGUCCAUAUGGACACGUCUGUAGGCUGGGGUGGUUUUGGUUACUUCGGGUUCCAGAGAGAAGUCAUUUUAUCCACUGUUUGUGGAGAAAUGAUUCCCAGGGCUGACUCAGCCACCGGGUUCCUCCUGUCUUCUGCCUUGCUUGACACCCUUAUCUGAGACUUGCCAACAAACCCACCUUGGUGCAGAUCCCUACAAGAUACAACACUGAGCUCAGUGAUCCUUGUGGGUCCCUUCCAACUCAGGAUAUUCUGUGAUUCUAUGACUCUAAAGGUCAAUGGUAAUGGCAGUGUUGUAGGUUCUGUUCUGCUGGAUUAAGCCUGUCCGCGUGUAAAUGAGCUGUACCUGAGCAGCCAAAGUGAACUCAGCAGCCUGGUGGGAAGGCAUACCUUGAUGUGCAGCCGAUUCCCAGAAAAAAGGCCAAGUAAACACAGGGCCAGGAAUUUCCUACAGAAGAGGAGCCAGGAAGGGCCAGCCAGGCACGGCUGCUGUCACAGAGUAGGGAGUGAGCAGCAGGAGCACAAGGGCUGGAAAAUCCAUCAGGAAAUGAACCUCGGCAUGUGGUCCCUCAUGGAAGUGUAAUGCCGGUGGGUCUGCAGAGCGGUGGCAACAAGUUUGCACGGGGCUGGCACUGAGAUGGCACUGGGGUGGCUGUGCAGGGCAGUGCUCAGCAUCAUGAGCAGGGAUCAGUUUUGUAAUCGGAGCUCAGAAGCGAGGUCAAAGGGAAAGAGAAACUGACCACUGCAGCCAAUUUCCAUUUUUCCCUUACAAGAAAAAGGGAAUGCUUUCCGGCAUGCGGGUCACCAUGAGGGCAUAGUGUGAUGACCACAGAAAUAAAACACUUAUUUUAACAGACCCCUUGAAUGUUGCUAAGGAACAUAUAAGAAAAUGCAGUGCAAAGCAAGUUACAUCAGCCACCCCAGUCAGCAACAACCGUAACAGAAGGGGAAGUAUGAAAAUACACAAAGAAAGUGUCUGCAAAACCCCAGGACAAUUGUGAUAUUCAACAGGAAUAAAGUAUGACAUCCAAGAUAUUCAGGGAAUGUUUGUUUUUCCAUAAACAAGUUCAUUUCAUCCAACAAAAGCCAACUGGUUAAAACAACAGCAAACCUGCACGACAGCCCUGAGCAAAAGGAGCCCAGGUGCAGGCAGGACAUGGCUGGGCUUUGUGUCCUUUGCUGCCUUCUGCAGUGCCGGGCAGGCCCUGGGGCAGGUCCAAGCCCUCAGGUCUGCAGCAGGCACCCUGGGCCUGGCUGCACACAGGACCGAGCUGUAGGGAACACAUGCUGUGCGCCUGCAAGCCCUUGCGGUCUGGACCCAGAGUGGUGUGCAUGAUGGAGCCAGGUGAGGAGGAAUGGGAUGGAGCCUGGGUGUUCCCAUUCCCAGAAGGGGGAUAAUGAUGUCAGGCACCAUGUGUACGGUCGUGCUGUGGUCAACAGACCGCAGAAAAGUGACUUCCAAAAAAGGGGUUUUCCCCAGCCUAGCAUCCUGCUGCCAGCUUCCUUGAAAGGUUCUGCACAAACAUGAGCCGUCAGCAAGGAGGGACAGUUUCAGCACACUAUUUUGGGAAUCUAUCUGCAGCUAAGAACUGCAAAUGUGGACUCACCCAGAUUGCAUAACACCUGGACAGAGUGAGCGCUGGGAGCAAUAAAAAGGCGAGGGAGCGUGUGAUAGAGGAGAGUCCUGCAAGGAGCACACCCGGCUGUCCACCUGCUGCAGAGAUGGUGCACGCAACCUCCUCCCUGCUGCUGCUCAGCCUGGCUCUGCUGGCUCCCUGCCUUUCUGCCAAACAGUGCUUGCUGACUGGGAAAUGGACCAAUGACCUGGGCUCCAACAUGACCAUUGGGGCAGUGAACAACAGGGGCGAGUUCAUGGGCAGCUAUCUCACAGCUGUAACUGCCACAUCAAAUGAGAUCAGAGUGUCACCACUGCAGGGGACCCUAAACAACAUCAACAAGAAGAGCCAGCCCACCUUCGGCUUCACUGUCAAUUGGAAGUUUUCAGAGUCCACCACUGUCUUCACGGGCCAGUGUUUUGUGGACAAGAAUGGGAAGGAGGUCCUGAAGACCAUGUGGCUGCUGCGGUCAAAUGUUGAUGACAUUGGUGAUGACUGGAAAGCCACCAGGGUCGGCAACAACAUCUUCACUCGCCUGCGCACACUGAAGGAGUGAGGGUGGCCCCAUGAGCCCCACGCCAGCAACAAUGCCAGAGAGCCAACACUGCUCGUGAUAUUCUUCCCAAUAAAGCUUUGCUUCAGACCCA